AUGGAUACACAGAAGCUUGAAUUACUUUGUCACGCUGGACCUAUUACAGCCCUAGCAAUCUGUGGACAAAAGAUUAUUUGGGGUUGUGGUAGUGAAAUAUCUGUGUUUGAUGUGACCCUAAAGAAAUUGGAAACAAGGCGACAAAUCCUUGUUGGAGCUUCGGUGCAUGGAAUUAAAAUUGGUCCGUCAGAUGGGAUAUCUCAUCUUGUUUGUGUAUAUGGAGCCAAGCAAGCUAUUGUAGUGUGUAUUCAGCCUGUAGAGCAAAAUAAUGACCUAAUUAUUUUGUCAGAUGUCAUGCACUUGAGUGAUUGGAUAUGGGAUGUUAAAUGGCUGAACGACCAGGGUGACACUGGAAGUAUUGCUGUAGCACUAGCUCAUAAUUCAGUGGUGAGAUGGAACUGGAAGUCAAAGAUCAUUUCCUGUCACAGGGAAUGUUCAGAAAAGUGCAUUCUAUACUGUGCACAUUUUAUAGGCCAAACAUGGGAGAAUUUGGUUCUUGCAGCAGGAACCGUCUUCAAUCAAAUUGUAUUAUGGCCAGUAGCCAGCAGCUCCCCAGCAGUUGAUGGUCCUGUUGAAGUAAUGCAUACAUUUUCUGGACAUCAGGGUGUUAUCUUCUCAAUCAAGUAUCAUCCCGACCUUCAGAGAUUGUGCUCAGUAUCUGAUGAUCGUAGCAUCCACAUGUGGCAGCUGACUUUCCCUCAUGGGAAUUUAUUAGACCCUACCCCAGAAGACUGGAGAUCUGUUAAAUACGAUCUGAUUCUUCUGUUAUAUGGCCACUCUGCAAGGGUUUGGGAUGUUGCUCUGGCAGCCACUUACUUUGCAAGUGUAGGAGAGGAUGCUACAUGUUGCAUCUGGAGCUAUUCUGGAAAUGUGUUGCACAAGUUUAAAGGACACAAGGGCCGCAGCAUAUGGGGACUGGCAAUAGCAGAAGAUGAACAGUUUGUGUUGACAGCUGGCGGAGAUGGAAGUGUUAGAAUGUGGGAGGUUCAUGGAGAGAAGACUAAGAAAACUCUGCAAAGGGUGAUUUCAGUUCCCCAGAACACUGAGCUGAUUCAAGAUGAUUUUCCUAGAAUUGUUGAGAUGCUCAACUUUGAUCUUGUCCUGAUAAUGAUGAAUUCUGGAAAUCUGUACUCAUACAGUGUAAGCAACCAACAGUUUGUGUUGGUACUAUCUGACAAUGUCUUCAAGUCUUACAGUGUGGUUAGUCCUUGUCCAGACAAGACAACCGUGGCACUUGGGAGCAUGUCCGGAGUUGUGCGCAUUAUUCAGCUGUCAGAAACUCAACAUGAAGAAACAAAAUCAGCAGAGAUGAAUCUUUUUCCUGGCAAAGUUUUGGCUUUGGCUUGGUUAGACUCCUGUCACCUCCUGGCCUCAGGCCCGGAUGGAGUUUGUCUGCUGCUGAAAAUGGACACAGUUCGAGGCAAAGAAAGAGAUGAUUUCACAUUGUGCAUCAAGAAACAGUACCAGCUGUCACUACCUCCCAGUAAACACAGAUGGAUAACAGCAGCUUGUAGUGUUCCAUCUUCAGACAAGACAUGUAGUUUCUCACAUUCUUUCAUUGUCUGUGGCGACAAGGAUGGUUCUGUUCAUUUAUAUGGGAUGGCAGAUGGCAGUGAUUGCAACAGUGAACCAGAACUUAAGCCAUUAAACAGUUCUGUGAAAGUUCACGGAAAAGCUGGCGUGACUUUCGUGUGCUACAGGGAUGGAGUUGUCUAUACUGCAGGAAGAGAUGGCUUCUACAGAGAGUGGAAGGUGCUGGCUGGGUAUCUCUCACAGCUCCAUGGCAACAAGAUUAUCAAGGGUUUUGAAUGGAUUGAUCGGCUGGAGUGGUAUAACAAUGAUCUUUUGGUCUACGGAUUUUUCUCAUCCUUGUUUGUGGUUUGGAGUGUUACCUGCAACCAACAGCUGAUGUCAGUUAGUUGCGGUGGAGGUCAUAGGUCAUGGGGUUGCUGCCAUGACAAUGAGACGCUGCGAUUCAUUUACCUCAAAGCUGGGAAGGUAUACAUGGUGGACAGUGGUCAUGAAACUAAGCAGACGUUGGUGCAGCCUGCUCUACAUGGGAACAAAAUUUGUGAGGCCAAGAUAAUGAGAAUUAUGUCACAUGGCACAGAUAGGCCUGUCCAUUUGGUUUGUACUGCCAGUGAAGAUACGACUGUAAAUAUUGGAGUAUUUGUUUAUGUUGACAAUCUUUACAUCUGGAGACCUAUCAGUACGCUCAAAGGUCACCUGUCUAGUGUCCGUGCUCUAGCACUCUCUUCACACCAUGCAGUUCAGCAGUACACAUUCAGCAACAAAGGGGAUUCAGAUGAUCUGCAGUUUCAUCGGACACAUCUGAAUCCUUCAGCAGGCAGAGAUGGUCACUUUAUAUUGUUUACCGGAGGAGGACGUGCAGAAAUUAAUGCUUGGAAACUCAGCAUUGUUAUAGAAGAUUCCAGUACAUUUCAAAACCUUAAAGAAUUAAACCACACGGAUGUGAAUUGUUUUACUGCAGAUUUAAGCUGUGAUGUGAAGCAGUCUGUGUAUGAAAAUAUUCAUAGUUCUCACAAUGACAGACUUCACAAUGGUAUUAUACCGAAUGGUUCAUCAGAAGACUGUUCAGUCCAAGAACCAGACUCUCAUUUACACAGGAAAUCAAGUCACACUGAGUCAUUCACUCCACCCAACAGUGUUCUGUCUGACACAUCAGAUCAAAUUGUGUGCAACUACCAACAUCUGUCCAGAUACUUCCUUGGAGAGUCACGACACAAGCGAUUUCAUUGGAAAUCUCAAAAACUGAGUUUGGAUCCAGAGACAAGAGUUAUGUCUCUUGAUGCUUCCUGUGUAGCUGUUCUCUGGAAUGGAUUUCACGAUAAAGUUGCUGAUGUAAAUAAAGCACCUUUCCCUGGGGCACUGAAAUAUCUUUCUAGAGUUCAUAUUGUAUCUUCUGCUGGCUCAGAUGGGAUAUUCAGAGUCUUUGCUUUUGAUGAAGACUCCAGAACAUUUGCAAGUUUAGCAGAAACCACUUAUCAUCAAGGAUGUGUCUUGAAAGUUAUGCACUAUGUUCAUUACUUUGAGUCAAAACAUAUUUCAUUGGCCAUGUCCACAUCCACAAAUGGAAAUGUUGUCUUCUGGCAGUUGGAUGCACUCGUGAACCAGUUAGCCUCAACAGUUUUGUCCAAACGUCUUCCAGAAUCUCAUUCAAAUUGUGAUCAGAGGCAGACCCUGAUAAAAGAAGGUAUGCCGAACAACGUGGAAAUGAAAAGUGAAAAAUUUGCUGAUGUCGGUGAUGAGAAAUGUGAUACUGAUGGUGAUGAUGACAAAGAUGAUACUGAUGAUGACGAUGCAGAUGCAUUGUUCAAGACCAACCUCAAAAUAGAAUCAGACUGGAAGCCAUUGUCAAGCCUGAAAGCACACCAGUCAGGUGUUAACAGCCUCCAUGCUUUUCAGAUAUCUGUAUCACAGUUUCUGCUAGCAUCUGGAGGAGACGACAAUGCAGUGACAGUUAGUCUUUUGGAGAUCUCAGAUUUAGCCUUGAAAGAGCUGGCUAAGGUUUCAAAAGAAGAUGCACAUGCAGCACAAGUUACAGGAGUUCAGCUGAUUUCUUCUGCUCUUCUUGUUUCGGUCUCUAUUGACCAGAGAGUCUGUUUAUGGGGAAUAGACUAUUUGCCACAAAAUCAUAUGCAGUUACAAUUGGUAGCCUGCAGAUACAUCAGUGUUGCUGAUGUUUCCAGCAUGUCUGCUUAUCUUUACCAGAAUUCAGUGUACCUUUGCAUUGGGGGAGAAGGCUUGUGUUUGUAUAAACUUACUGAUAAGGAAUCUUUGCAUGGAUGA